AUGGCUCGCACUCGCGCUCAGCGUAAGGUCGCAGCGAAGAAGGUGGCAGCAAAGAAGGACAGCGGUGAAGCGGCAAGACAGGUUGCCAACACCUACGAGCUGGUGGAGCAGAUCAUGAUCCACCUGUGCGACCUCGAGCCCGUGGAAAUCAUCCGAAUGGAAGCCGUCAGCAAGACCUUCCAGCACGUCCUACGGAGAUCCAAGACGAUUCCGCCGAGUCUGCAGAUUCCACGGGUGAAAGACCUCAGCCGGCGGUUCAACGUCACGACAAUCUACGCAGAUGGCCUGCCGCCCAUCUUCCUUCAUUUCGACAUUACCGGGCGCCGGGUCCUUGUACCUGAUAAGCCAGAGAUAUCGCUUCUCGCGACUAUCGAUCAAAACGAGCUGAGAGACGAGAAAUGGCGCACGGGUGGAAUGUGGAGAUCGUGGCCGGUACUACAACCCAAUACAACGCAAAUUUCUCGGGUCAGUGUCUCAGGCCUCGGUGCAUUCAGUCCUGCAGGCAUGUCGACUGGUAAGUACGAUGUGAGCCUCAAGCACACGUCCGAAACGGCGAUUUCUCUGGGACAACUGGGCGACAUGGCGUACGAGCUUCAAGAUCUUAGCGGAGAUUUCACUAAUGUACAAUUCGACUUUGCCAUCGACGAAGCAGGUGACUCGACGCCGUGGCGGAGUGAUUUGAGAUCGUAUGACCAUAUUGCUAGAGGUCAGAAGGUCAUCCUGCCGGAGUACGGAAAGGCAAUGGCGAUGGCACGUGCAAUGAAGGAGCUGUGGAAGGGCAAUGAUGCGGCUUGA